CUUCAUACAAUCGGAACCCUUCUCAGUUCCCAGCUUCCGAGCCGCAUUGCUGAGUUACAAGAAUGCAUGGUCGAUGGAGAGAGCUUGAGCUGUCUCCAAAAGACUCAGAAAUUGGAGCAAACAGACGAGAAGAGAUCAAAAGAUCAUCAAGAUGGACAAGGCAACAACAACAACCAUGACUAUGAGUGACAGUCCAGUGCCGCAAGAGGACACGGCCACUACCAAUGCUUCUAAUACCAACGUGGACACCACCACCACAAUGACUACCACUACUACUAGCAGUGGCUGUUGCGCUUGGACUCGUUUCGAUGGCAAUGUCAUGGCGCAAGGCUACAAUGUGCAUGGAAUGGGUCGUGGUCCAAUCUACAUGUGCACCGUACUGCUGUCUACGGCUUUUAUUUACUUGGCAUCGGACAAAGUCGGUUGUGUCGACAUGCAAGGCAAGAUUGUAGACGAUUGCGAGGAACGAGUCUACGGCGCCUUUCGUCCGGCCGCCUUGGUGACCAAUAUUGCCACCAUUUCGGGAGUUCUCGUGGCGUUGUUUCUACCACUGAUUGGCGCCAUUAUGGACUAUACACCGCAUCGAAAAACAGUGGGAGUCGUUACUGCCAUUCUCAUGAUUCUGACGGAAGCCAUUCAAAUUGGCACCACGUCGCAAACAUGGUUUGGCAUGGCACUAUUAGAAGCCUUUUCUGGCUUGCUCUUUGAAACCCAAAUCAUUGCUUCCUUGGCGUAUUUGCCCGAUUUGGCCAAGACGGUGGGAGAUGAAACCAUGAACACGUAUACGGCAAAAUUCAUCAUGGUAGAAGUGGCACUGGGCCAGGCACUCUACAUGUUUGUCGUCAUUGCCGUGGCGACAGCCUUGGGACUCGGUGAUGUCGCCACGGCUCGAGUAGGACAAGGCAUUGUCACGGUAUGGGCAGGACUCGGAUUCUAUCUGGGAUGGAAAAAAUUGCCACAUGUGCCGGCCAAACAUUCACUGCUGCUUCAACAAGAAGAAGAAGAACAACCAGAACAACCAAAUGACAAUAAUCCUGAAGAUGAAAAAGAAGAAGGAAAAGAAAUGGACACCACCACCAAGCAGCAACCACAACAACAAAAGAAAAAACACAAUCUAUUUCUCAUUGGAUUCAUCCAGAAUUGGCACACAUUCCAACGCAUCAAUCGGGAAUACAAACAUUCCAUUCGAUGGUUUCUACUCGCGUGUGUCUUUGGAGAAGCGGCCGCCACGGCAUUCUUGACGGUCGCCGUCAUUGUAUUGACGGAAGAAUGGGGAUUGGAUGCCACACAAGUCGGACUCUUUUUCAUUGUCGGACUCGUCGGGAUUGUGCUGGGAUGUUGGCCGGGAGAAUGGAUUUGUCGACGCACCAAUCCCAAUACUUCAUGGAGACUCGCCAUGCUUUAUACGUUUGUCGUGAGUGUCAUUGGGGCUCUUACGGUGAACAAGGACAAUGCCAUUCCGUCGUCGUUUGUAUGGGGAUUCGCCGUUUCACUGGGACUGGGAUGGCACUAUCAGGCCGAAUAUGUCUAUGUGGCACUCAUUACCCCGAAAGAUCAAGAAGCUGAGCUCGCAGGAUUCUUCAAUUAUUGCCGAAUCAUAUUGUCGUGGUUGCCACCCCUCCUAUUCUCGCUACUGGUAGAAGCCAAUGUGUCGCAAUCCAUUGGCAUUAUUACCACCAACUGCUUCUUUUUGCUAGCCAUUGCUGCACUCUGCAUGUCGGCACCCUGGGAACAAGUAUUGGAAGAAGUUCAUGGUGGUUCCAACCACAAGAAUAAGGAGGACAACAACAAGACAGCAACUAUUGUGGUGGAAACAACCAAGGGAGAAGACGCACAAGACGACAAUGACGUCGUCAAGGAAGCGAGCGAACCACAAGAGAAUUCGACUAUGGAUGUGGAGAAUGGAGCUCCAACCAUGGCAGCAGAGUAGAUAGCUAGCUUGCACUUUACGGAAUGAAUGACGGGAACGGGCAAGGUCGUCUGAAACUGUUUGUAGAAAUGAAUAUCUAGUAUGCAAUACAAUACACUAUACUAUAGCAACGUUUUGUCAUCUUUCUGUAUAGC